AUGGCGACGGUGUGGACGACGGCGGUGGCUCCCCUGCGCCUUCUCAGGAAUCCCCGGCGGAGGGCGGCGCCGGUCUCGUCGAUCAUCGCCGGAAGCGGAGUCCGUGAGGAGGAGAUCGUCGUCGUCGGCGCCGGCAUCGCGGGACUCGCCACCGCCGUCUCCCUCUCCCGGUAGGGCCCCGAUCUCGAGAUCCAUGGCCGUCCUAACCCUAUGUUUUCCUCACUCAGCAUCUGCAUCGGUCUCUUACAGUCUCGGCGUGCGGUCGCUGGUGCUCGAGCAGGGGGACUCUCUCCGCGCAGGCGGCACAUCUCUCACGCUCUUCAAGAAUGCCUGGCGCGUCCUGGAUGCUCUAGGCGUGGGGCAGGAUCUCCGGCGGGAAUUCCUCGAGAUCGAAGGGUAAGAUCUCCGGCGGCGCUUCCACCGUCGGUACUUUCAGAUUUCCCCCAAAUAGAAAACAUGUUGAUGGCCUCAGUUCUCUGCAGGCUGGCGAUGAGGUCGACGGAGGGGAAGCUUCUGCGGUAUUUCACCUUCAAAGAUGUCGAUCCGAGGUAAAGACUUCAGAGAUCCUUUCUCGUCUGUUUCGAUUGAAGAUGGCAGGCUGGAUCUGGAUUCAAAAACCAUGGCUUCUCUCAGCCAAGAGGUCCGGGCUGUGGAGAGGAGGGUGCUCUUGGAGACUCUCGCCAGUCGCCUGCCGGCUGAUUCAAUCAGCUUCUCUUCAAGGUUGAAGUCGAUAUCAAAGGGAGAAACCAUGGGAACCCUGCUAGAGCUCGAAGAUGGAACCCUAAUACACGCCAAGGUAAGCCUUCCGUCCCUGUCGAUGGUCAAAGUCUUUUCUUUCAAGCAGUUCGAUUAUACCUUCCAUUUGCGGUGGCAUCUUUCAUCUGCAAUCUUCCUGUUCUGCUCGGCAUAGUGUGCUAUUUUUUUUCUUCUUCACACUGACGGGAUCAAAUAAAUGCAGCCAGGUGAAGCUAAUGUUUACCAAAACCCUCCGAGAAUCAUAAACUGUCGAGUCUAGUUCAAGUGGAUUAUAGGAUCCUGAACAUUAAUUCUUCCUUUUAAAACGAGAUUUUUUUCAGUUCUUCCCAUGAGCAGCAACUGUUCUUCAUAUGCAGUUUCCAAUCUAAGAAAUGGGAUGCAGAUGUUCUUUUGCUCUUGCAAUCACCCCACCAGAGUUGGGAUCAUGAUUUAUGAAGUUGUGUGUUCAUAUAAACUGCUAGAAUCAUAGAUGCGGGAAAAUUUUGGUUUAUUUAUUUUCAUUUAAAAAAAGUUACGUUGAUAUGUGUUUAUUUAUCAUCAUCAUCAGCAUCGUUCAGAAAAAAGUUCUCUUUAUGGGGAUCUUGCAAACAUUAUGAAAUGGGAACACAUUUGUCUGCGUUCAUCUUGAUCAUAGAAAACAGUACUCGUGUUGGAAAUCUUGGGACCACUUUUACCUUGAGAAAUUGCUUCCACAACAGAGGAUACUGGCAAAUCUUAUGCAUGAUCUUUUCCCCGUUGACUGAUGUUCUUGAGCUGGAUCAGGUGGUGAUUGGCUGUGACGGCGUCCGUUCGCCGGUGGCAAAGUGGUUGGGGUUCUCCGAACCCAGAUAUGUCGGCCACUGUGCCUUCCGUGGGCUCGGGGUCUACCCCGAAGGCCAUAGUCUCGACCCAAAAGUCAACUACGUCUACGGCAGAGGGGUCCGUGCCGGCUACGUUCCUGUCUCCCCCACCAAGGUGUACUGGUUUAUCUGCUUCAACAGGCCAGAUCCAGGUUCUCCUCCUACAUUCCCAGAUGAAGAACUGAGGGCUGACUGUCCUGUUAUAAAGCCUCUUCUUCUGAGCUGUGGUCAAACUCUGCAGGACCUAGGGUCAUUGACCCGUCUGCGCUGAAGAGGGAGGCGGCAGAGAUGGUGGUGGGGUGGCCAGCGGAGCUCAGGAACGCCAUCGAUAGGACGCCCGAUGGCAGCAUCGUGAGGACCCCGCUGGUUGACCGGUGGCUCUGGCCGCUCGUCUCUCCACCUGCCGCCACCGGCGGCGUGGUGGUCGCCGGUGACGCGUGGCACCCGAUGACCCCCAACUUGGGGCAGGGGGCCUGCUGCGCGGUGGAGGACGCCGUCGUCCUCGCCGGGAAGCUAGCCACUGCCAUGGCCGGCGGCAGCAGGGGGAACGCCGCCAUUGACCGGGCCCUCGAAGACUUCUGCUCGGAGCGGUUGGCCCGGGUCUUCCCGUUGACCGUCCGCUCCAACCUCGUAGGAUCGCUCCUCCAGUGGGACAACCCCGUAGUCUGCGCCGUCAGGAACGGGAUCGUGAUUCCGAAGCUGGUGAUGCUAGGCCCGUUCUUGGAGCAUACCAACUUCGACUGCGAGCUCCCCGGCCCGCUCUCUGUCAGCAGCGUGUCGGGCUAG